AUGAUCAACAAGUCUAACGAAUUCACUCGCCGGAUUUUGAAUUUGCCGGCUAUUCGUCCUAGUGAAACAGUAUCUUUCUCUAGCCUCCUUACUUCUUUGAUCCAAUUAGGCCAAACAAUAUCUGACUACAAGUCAAGAACUUUCUUUACCAAUAAAAAGAAUGCUAGAAACUCAAUUCGUUUGGUUGAGGAUAUUCUCAUUGUUCUCAAAGAAAUCCCUAAUGGGGUUUCAAGAUUUGCAUAUUCCAGCAUUUUGAGCUUAUCAGAGAUCCACUUUAUCUUCCAAAAGUUUCAGUUCUUGUUAGAAGAUUGUACCAGAGAAGAUACCAGGAUAUGGAUUUUAGCCAAAUCCGAGGUUGUCUCAAGCCAGUUUCAAAUGCUGGCAAGAGCUAUUUCAGUGGCAUUAGAAGUUCUUCCUUUGGAGGAAAUGGAUGUUUCUUUGGAAGUUAAAGAAGUUGUGGAGUUUGUGAGAAAUCAAGCUGUUAAGUUGAGGUUUGACGUGGAAGUUGAUGAUAGGAGAAUGCAAGUGAAUGUUUUCAAGAUUUUGGAUCAGUUUAAAGAUGGAAUGAUUCCAGAAUCAAGUGAUCUGAAAAGGGUUCUUGAUUAUUUGGGGAUUAAACGUUGGGGUGAGUGCAAUAGGGAAGUUAAGUUCUUGGAUACUGAGAUUGGCUUAGAGGGAAAUACAAUGGAGAAGAGAGAUAUGGGGAUUCUAAGUAGCUUAAUGGGGUUCAUGAUUUAUUGCAGGGGAACUUUGUUUGAAGUUUUGGAUAAUGCAAUCACUAGACAAAUCAAUGGAGGUAGCAACAAUGCAGAUCAAAUCAUCAGGUUCUUGAAUCUUGACGAUUUCAGGUGUCCGAUUACUCUGGAGAUCAUGAGUGAUCCAGUGACAAUAGCCUCAGGUCACACGUAUGAUCGGUCGUCUAUUCUGAAAUGGUUUAGAGCUGGAAAUUCCAAUUGUCCAAAGACUGGUGAGAGGCUAAUGAACAUUGAUUUGGUUCCUAAUUUGGCUUUGAAGCUCUUAAUCAAACAGUAUUGCUCUGUGAAUGGCAUUCCAUUUGUGGAAACUGGAAAGCGAAAUCGCGAUAGCAUAAAGUUAGUUGCUACAAGCAGUGUGGCUAAUGAGGAAGCUAUGAGAUUUCUUGCCAGUUUUCUUGUUGAAAGGCUAAUUGCUGGAUCAAUGGAACAGCAAAAUAAAGCUGCUUUCGAGAUUCGUUUGCUCACCAAAACAAGCAUUUUUAACAGGUCUUGUUUGGUAGAAGCUGGUGCAAUUCCACCUCUUCUGAAUCUUGUUACUACAAGGGAUUCCUCUUAUCAAGAGAAUGCAAUGGCUACCUUGUUGAAUCUCGCAAAGAACUCUACGAGCAAAAGAAUACUUGUUGAAAAUGGAGGUUUGUUCUUGAUACUAGAUGUGUUGAAAAAAGGACUAAAGAUGGAAGCUAGACAACAUGCUGCUGGUACAUUAUUCUAUCUUACAUCAGUAGAAGAGUACCGUAAAAUGAUAGGGGAAAAUCCACAAGCUAUUCCAUCACUUUUAGAGCUGCUCGGAAAUGGCGCUGACCGUGGUAAAAAGAAUGCCUUAGUCACCAUUUUUGGCCUCCUAAUGCGCCCCGAAAACCACUGGAGAGUAAUUGCUGCUGGACUAGUCCCCUUGCUUGUCAAUCUGUUGAAGUCUUUCGAAAGGGAAGAUCUCAUUACAGAUUCUUUAGCAGUUUUAUCAAGUCUUUGUGAAAGGCUUGAUGGAGCAAUGGCUGUUCUUUAUGCUGGAGCUUUACCUAUUAUUAUCGAUGUUUUGAAUUCGUGCAAUUCAAGGACAGCAAAGGAGCAUUGUGUCUCAUUGUUGCUGGCUUUGUGCAUAAAUGGUGGGGCAGAUGCAGUUCCUGUUUUAGUAAAGAACUCAUCUCUUAUGGGACCUUUGUAUUCCCUCCUCGCCGAAGGCUCCUCCUCUAAAGCAAGCAAGAAAGCGAGUACACUCAUCAGAAUGUUACAUCAGUACAAUGAGAAGACCUCUUCUGGUGGCUUGAUCACUCCAGUUUUUAUAGAGGAUCAAUUCAUCAAUGUGUGGUAA